ACGAUCGUUCGUUACUGUACAGUUAUACACAAAUAACUUUUUUGUAGUUUCAGAUUUUUUUUGUAUUUCUUAAUUUUUCUCUUUAUUAUAACCUUUUUUAUUCUUAGCGAUAUUAUUAAAAGUAAAUUUUAGAAAAAAAAAUUGCUUAUAAAUUUUAUUAUUAAUUAAAAAAGUUUUUUUUUAUUGAAAAUUGAAAAAAAUUAAAAUUUAAUGGUGAAUUUAUCCCACUCCUUAAGGUGUUCGAAUUAAAAAAAAAAGUUUCCAAUUAAAAAAAUAAAAAUUAAAUCAAAGGAAAAAAAAUAAAUAAAAAUAAUAAGUGAAUAAAAGGAAAAAAAUAAAUUAAUCAAAAUAGGUGGAGAAAAAGCUUUUAAAAUUUUUAAUACAGCGGCCAAUAUUCAUUCGAAAACUGCUGGCCAGUUUUCUAGUAAUUUUUGUGAAGACGCUGGUGUUGGUGUAACUGGCACAAUAGCCUCACCGUGGACACCUGUAAGUGCCGGUCCACCAGGCCCAUUAGGGUCGGCAGACACAAACGGCACAAUGGCAGAUAGUAAAAAUUUAGAUGUCGGCGAUAUGAGUGAUGUAAGUGAUGAUGAAAAAGAUUUAUCAUCAGCUGAUGCCGAAGGUGUUUGGAGUCCAGAUAUUGAACAAAGUUUUCAAGAAGCUUUGGCCAUAUACCCGCCAUGUGGACGAAGAAAAAUUAUUUUAUCAGAUGAAGGAAAAAUGUAUGGACGAAAUGAAUUAAUAGCACGAUAUAUUAAACUUCGGACAGGAAAAACGAGAACAAGAAAGCAAGUCAGCUCACAUAUUCAAGUUUUAGCCAGAAGAAAAUUAAGAGAAAUUCAAGCCAAAAUAAAAGUUCAAUUUUGGCAGCCAGGAUUACAGCCCAGUACUUCACAAGAUUGGUGCAGUAUUAAACCAUUUGCACAACCACCAUAUCCAUCCGGUAAACCAUCGACAGCUGUUUCAGGUGAUGUUGAUGCUGGCCUACCAUCACAGCCUCCAUGGGAGAGUCGAGCAAUAGCAACGCACAAAUUUAGAUUGUUAGAAUUUUCAGCAUAUAUGGAAAUCCAAAGAGAUGAAAUUUAUCACAGGCAUCUAUUUGUUAAUUUAGGCGGUAGACCCACAUAUUCAGAUCCACUUUUGGAGAGCGUGGAUAUUAGGCAGAUAUCAGAUAAAUUUCCAGAAAAAACAGGCGGCCUUAAAGAUUUAUUCGAUAAAGGGCCAGCAAAUGCUUUCUAUUUAGUUAAAUGUUGGGCAGAUUUAAAUACAACAAUAACAGAUGAAACGGGUGCCUUUUAUGGAGUAACCAGCCAGUAUGAAAGCAAUGAAAAUGUUGUGAUAACAGUUUCAACGAAAGUUUGCUCAUUUGGUAAACAGGUUGUUGAAAAAGUCGAAACAGAAUAUUCACGACUGGAAAAUGGAAAAUUUGUUUACCGUAUACAUAAAUCACCAAUGUGUGAAUAUAUGAUUAAUUUUGUACAGAAAUUAAAAACCUUACCUGAACGAUAUAUGAUGAAUAGUGUACUAGAAAAUUUUACAAUAUUACAAGUAGUGUCAAAUCGAGAAACACAAGAAACCCUCCUAUGCAUAGCAUACGUAUUUGAAGUAGCGGCCUCGAAUUGUUGUACACAGCAUCAUAUAUAUAGAUUAAUAAAAGAUUAGCAAGAACUGGAUAGUAAUUAUU